UUUAUAUAUAUACACACUUGGUUUAAAUUACUUCCUCACCUUCACACAACACAUACUCUUACAUAGUGGUACGUACGUGUUGUUGAUAUCCUAUGAGUUUGUCCAAGAGGAUCCCAAUAUUUCUGCUGAGGCUGCUGGCCUUGGGUGCCACUGUCUCUGCAACACUAGUCAUGAUCACCAGCCAUGACUCUGCUCAACUCUUUAACAUGAAAUUCGAGGCCAAAUACACCAAUUCUCCGACUUUCAAGUACUUUGUGCUGAUGAAUGCAAUUGCAAGUGGUUACACACUUAUUCUACUCUUUUUCUCUUCCAAGAGUUCAUAUGGGCACUUGAUCUUGAUCUUGGAUCUGGUUAUGGCUUUGCUGCUGGAUUCAAGCAUAUCAGCAUGUUUAGCAAUAGGGCAAGUGGGGAAGAAUGGGAACAGCCAUGCAGGUUGGCUGCCUAUUUGUGGACAAGUUCCUAAGUUCUGUGACCAUGUUACAGGAGCUUUGGUUGCUGGUUUCGUGGCUGCAAUAGUUUAUUUCCUAAUACUUCUCUACUCUCUUCACAACGUCAUGAAUCUUUUCUUUCUCAAGACCUAGACAAGUCUUUUCUUGCGGAAUAUGUUGAUUGCUCCAGACUCGUAGUCCCAGGACUUGGUAAGAACAGUCUCUUCUGUAUUAAUAGAAGUGGUAGUCUUCUGUUGUUUUUUCCUUCUACCAAGGGUGGUAAUGUAGUUAAGUAAUGGUCAAAAGUUACACAAUGAAGAGCACUGCUACAUGAUUUAUUGCAAACCACAAUAUAUUACAGUCAA